CCAGCACAGCAUGUUCACGAGAAAGGCACUCGUCUUGGCCCUUGCGUUGCUGUCGCUAGGGCUCGUAGCCUUAGCUGACGACGCCGGCUCAAAGAACGCAGAAACUAGUGAUAAAAGUGAAUACAAAAAAUCCCUGACCAGAGACUGUUCGAAUUAUUAUUCCGCGACGUGUUUAAAAUUGGACGUCGUUUCAUGGGUGGACAAAAUGAACGAGGAGGAAGACUAUAGUGUUUACCCCGGUGUGUCUUUAGUGCGGGAAAAGGACGGUGCUAGAGCUAACACCGCGGAUAUAGUGGCGGAACUAGCUAGAGAUUUCCCCGACGAUCCCGAUGCCAGACUGGACGCGUUCCUGAUGAAGAAACUCACUUCGUACUUGAACAGUCACUCCAUUAAAUUAGAUCUCUUUAGCAAAAAUGGUUUGGUGGAAUCUGCUAGGGGUAGAGGCGGUGGUGGCGGUGGAGGCGGCGGCGGCUCAAAGGGAGGAGGCGGCGGCGGAAGCGGAAACGGAAUGGGCAUGAUGAUGGCCUACGGUGCCAUGAUGAAAGGAACUCUGAUGGCAUUGGCGUUGGGCGGUAUCGCUGCGAUUGCGGGCAAAGCUCUGAUGACCGGUUUGAUAUCGUUGCUAUUGUCGGCGAUUAUCGGCCUCAAAGCGUUGACCUCCGGUGGACAUAAGCAAACGACCUACGAGAUCGUGGCCAAACCCAUAUACACGUCGGCUCAUACCCAUUCUGAGUCGCACGAACACGGCCAUGGUGGUUACGGUCACUCCUCCUAUGGCAGGAGUUUCGACAUGCCACUUCCUCUGGGGCUGCAGCCAGAAUAUAAUCCCAAAUAGCCUCAAAAAAUCGUUUUUCUCUAUCGACUUAUUUAUGUUCUUAUUGGCGUAAAUCGA